CAAACAUUGUGGCAUGUUUUGGUUUCAUAACAUCAUCAAUUCACCAACCAGCUGCACCAGCUUCUCGGCAUUUACGUACAAAAAGAUUUCAAUAUGGCAAACAGCAGGCUCGAAAAAAUAGGAACCAUUAUUACAAGAACUCAGGGGCUUCUCAAGUCUGGUGCUAUGAAAUUCGAUGAGCGGCCUCUUUGGUACGAUGUUGUGACCGCCUUUCCACCCCACGAGGAGCCUCGCUACGACCGGCCUGCUCCGAGGGUACCGGUUCGACAAAUAUUUUACCAGGAGGAUACAGUGAGAGCGAAAUUUCACAAAUCCGGCAAGGCAACGUUUGCAGUGAACUUGCUGGACCACAACAAUCGAACACCGACUCAACAAUUCAUUGAGCUGUACCAAAGCUUGUCCACCCAAGGGGCAUUAGACGAGGAGCAAGUGUUUGCCACGGCUAUCGAUCUGCACGAAGAUAAAAUGCGCCAGCAGCGACUGGACCGGCGGCCAGCCGACGGUGCCCCUCAAGAGCAAACAAAACAAACGCCCGUGCCUGAAGAGAGUGGCAAAACCGUGAAAUUGCAAGACAUAUUCAAAGAUUAACUGGUCGCAUUAGAAUGAGGAUCGCUAUACGGUUAAAUAAAAUGAAAAAGUGUAGUAAACUGUUCUAA